AAGCGAUAGCCGACGUGUAGAAGUAGUCGUUUGGGGCGCAGCAAAAUGGACUUCAUGAUGAUGGGGAGGCCGCAGGCCGAGGAGUUUGUGCGCCACGUGGAGGAGGGCUGCCCCUACCGCUCCGACGAUGUCAUGCAGCCGGAGCAGGCCGUGUCCACCGGAACGACAAUCUUCGUGUGCGAAUUCGACGGCGGUGUGAUCAUGGGUGCAGACACGCGCACAUCAACAGGCCAGUAUGUCGCCAACCGAGCGUCUAGGAAGAUUUCGACGGUCUACGACAAGAUUUUCGUGUGCCGAUGCGGCAGCGCGGCUGACACGCAGGCGCUGACGCAGUUUGUGAACCACUACCUCUCCCAGCAUGCAGUAGAGCUCGGGAAGCAGCCUUCCGUGAAUACAGCGGCGAAUCUCUUCAAGGUCAUGGCCUACAACAACAAGGACCGCCUGAUGGCUGGCUUGAUCAUCGCUGGCUACGAUGAGAAGAGGGGAGGGCAGGUGUACUCCAUCCCCCUGGGCGGCGCUCGUGUGCGAGUCCCCUGGGCCUGUGACGGCAGCGGGUCUUCCUACAUCAAGGGCUUCAUCGAGAAUCACUACCGACCCGGUAUGUCCAAGGCGGAGGCCUUGGAGUUGGUUCAGAAGGCUCUGGCCCUGGCGAUGAGCCGCGAUGGCAGUUCCGGAGGUAUGGCACGUUACCUGGUGAUUUCCAAGGACAAGGUUGAGGAGGGCAACAUCUUGGGCAACAAGCUGCCCGUCGGCCCCUGAAGCAGGCGUGAGGAAGACAGUCGUGGGAUUUGCACAGCCCAGAGUCCAGGUCUGAAGCACCAGUGCAAGAGCUGAGCGCACUGUACGG